AUGGACUUGAUGAAUUGUAUUUUCUGUGCUUAUCUUGAUCGUUUUGUUGUCGUCUUUGUGGAUGACAUCUUGAUUUACUCACCUACUGAGGAAGAACAUCAAUCUGAUCUUACCUUUGUUCUUGAACUCUUGAGAGAGCACCAAUUGUACGCAAAACUUAGUAAAUGUGAGUUUUGGUUAUCCGAAGUCAAUUUUUUGGGUCAUGUGGUUUCGAAAGGUGGGGUGUCUAUUGAUCCAGGAAAGAUAGAGUCGAUUAUGAAUUAUUGGCAUCGACCGAAGAAUGUAUUCGAAAUUCGUAGUUUCUUGGGUUUGGCCUGGUACUACCGCCGUUUUGUUCUUGACUUCUCUCAUUUAGCGGCACCAAUGACCAGAUUAACGUGUAAAGGGACCCGUUUCUUUUGGAGUGACUCGUGUGAGGCAGCUUUUAAGGAGUUAAAGAAGCGAUUGACUACCGUACCUGUUUUGAUUGUGCCCGAACAUGGAGUUGGCUACUCCGUAUAUUGUGAUGCAUCAAAGGAAGGGUUGGGAUGCGUGUUGAUGCAAACGGGGCGAGUAGUAGCGUAUGGGUCACGAUAG